UUGAUUCUGAGAAGCUGAGGAUAGAUCCAAAAGCGUUGAUGACAAUACUCGAGUUAAACAGUUGUUUGUGAAGAUGGCAAUUCAGAGAGGGUUCUCGAAAUCGAAAGCUACGAAAUCAGCGAGAUCCCCGAUCCUGGUGCUAGCAGCUACAGUCACCGCCAUUGCCAUUAUCUUCCUCAUCUUCUCUCUCCUCUCCACCACUUCUUCAAUUCCCAAUUCUCCGCAACACCGAAAGUACCUAUACUGGGGACACAGAAUCGAUUGCCCCGGAAAACACUGCGAUUCCUGCGAGGGUUUGGGCCACCAGGAAUCAAGCCUCCGCUGCGCCCUCGAAGAAGCUUUCUUCCUCCAAAGAACGUUUGUCAUGCCGUCUAGGAUGUGCAUCAACCCCAUACACAACAAGAAAGGGAUCCUUCAUCAUUCGCUUGCCAAUGCUACUUCAGAGGAAAUGUGGGCAGGGAGUUCUUGCGCCAUGGACUCUUUGUAUGACGUGGACAGGAUGUCCGAGACUCUUCCUGUGAUUUUGGACAAUUCAAAGGAGUGGUAUCGUGUUCUGGAAACCACCAUGAAGCUGGGAGCCAGGGGAGUUGCACAUGUCCAGGGUGUUAGCCGCCUCCAGCUUAAACAAGAUACUCGCUAUUCGACUCUCUUGCUUAUCAACAGAACCGCUAGCCCUCUUUCUUGGUUUAUAGAAUGCAAGGAUCGAAACAACCGUAGUGCUAUAAUGUUGCCAUACUCGUUUCUGCCAUCAAUGGCAGCACAUAAACUAAGAGAUGCAGCAGAAAAGGUCCACCUGACACGCAAUCUCUUUAAAGUUUCUCUUUUAAGUUUGAUCAAAGCACAACUUGGUGAAUAUGAUGCCAUACAUGUCCGUCGUGGGGAUAAAAUAAAAACCAGGAAGGACAGAUUUGGAGUAGCAAGGAGCCUGCAUCCUCACCUUGACAGAGAUACACGAGCGGAAUUUAUACUCUGCAGAAUCGCAAAGUGGGUCCCUCCUGGAAGAACCUUAUUUAUUGCUUCAAAUGAAAGGACUCCUGGAUUUUUUUCACCACUUGCUGUCAGGUACAAAAUGGCAUAUUCUUCAAACUACAGUUAUCUCCUGGAUCCCUUGAUUGAGAACAAUUACGAGUUAUUCAUGGUGGAGAGGCUUAUCAUGAUGGGUGCAAAAACGUUUAUUAGAACAUUCAAAGAAGAUGACACGGAUCUUAGCCUCACCGAUGAUCCCAAAAAGAACACAAAAGUUUGGCAAAUACCUGUCCACACAGCAGAUGAACCAUGCUAACACCUAUAUGCAUACAUAGUACACUACAAUUUCUUUGUAAUCAAUCCACAUUAAGUAGAAACAUUGCAUAACCCCAAAUCUUUGGGAAGAAAUGCUGAGUAAGGGACUAAGGGGAAAUGUGAGUCUUCUUAGUUCAUGUUGUAAAUUUUGAGGUUAGUUAGAACUAAAAUUAGAUUCAUUCACUAAAAUGCAUGUAUUAUUUCGCUCUGAAGCUGACGAGGCCACCUCUUUUCUUUCUUCUUUGGUUUCAUUAUCGUUUGCUUUUAUGUAUUCUAGCAUUUCUCUCUCAAUUAUUCCAAUCAAGGAUUUUUUUUUUCUUUCUGUAAUUUAUGGGAUGUCCAUUUGUUUUGAA